GAAUGCUAAUGAUUGAUAAUGAGCUAGCUGACCGAGAACAUGUGAACAAGAGGUGUUUGUUGCAUACAGACAGAGAGAAGGUUUGUGAGAUUUGAUGCGUUCAAGCUUUUGUGACGUUUAUACUGAGUUUACGCUGUUGUAAUGGUCAUGCAGAGUCGGUACACGUGACGGGGAGGAGGAGUUCCAGGUUAUUGUUGAAGCAUCAUUCAAGCGCUUCGGAGCUGUGUCACCUGUAUGUUCUCAAUGGAAUGUGUGGAAUAGAGAGUGCACAAAUGCCAUGGAAGAGACCACUGAAAGGAAUGGCUUCACUCCUAUUAAACUACCUCCUAGUUCCGGCCCAAGGCCACAUCGGUGUGAAGUCUGUCAGCGUUCUUUCCGAGAGAUCGCCACCUUGAGGAAACACGAACAACUUCACCGAGCUGACAGACCCUACGUGUGUACGACAUGCGGCAAGUCCUUUCUGUGGUCCUCCAAUCUCAAGGUGCAUGAACGAGUUCAUACGGGUGAACGGCCAUACAAAUGCAAAAUCUGCCAUCGUUGCUUCACACAGUCAAAUGAUCUGCGUCGCCAUGAGCGCAAUGUCCACAUGCGUGGCAAGCUUUACGGGUAUAAAAGCGCUGGCAGACCAAACAGUCAUGUUAACCUUGCUGCCUACCAAGCUUUUGCUCUCCAACAGAGGGCGCUUUUACAGCAAGCACUGACAUACGAGAGCUUCAUGCAGAAUGCGGCUGCUGCAUCUCAUGUAAACUCCUUCCAUCCUCACCCUCAUCCACAAGCGAUGAUACAGAAACCGCAUGAAACAAUGUCUACCUCAGUCCCUAAUCACAACCCCAAGGAAACUACCUCUGUGAGCCCAAUCAAGUUGGAGCAAGUAACACCUCCUUCGACUCCAAGCGAGACAGAUCCGGAAACACGGAACGGCCUGGAGAAGCGCUCCCUGUCCACGACCUCCCCUCACACCUCGGACAGCCUUCAAAGCCCCCUACCAUCCAGCUACACGCCUCUGUCUGCUGGCUCUGCAGGUAUGAUACAGUCGCCUCCCCUACUUAUGGCUUCGUCUGCGCCUCCAAUGACAUACGGGAAAGAGGAAUACAGUAAGAAUUGCUAUUCUCCCUCGGUUCUGCAAGCUCGCAGAGCAAGCGAAAAUGGUUAUUCUCCCUACCACUAUGGAAACGGCAACCUGUCACCUCAUGGCUAUGUGGCUAACCAACACAAUCUACCUCAAGCCCAUGGUCACAUCACAACCUCCGAGAGCAGUCAGUCACAGGAAGACAAGACUUCUUCCUGUGACAAGGUAAUGGACCUCAGCAUGGGGAGCAAGAACAGCAGCGAGACACACGAAUCGGAUCUGGAUGAUGCAGACUUGAAGGCCAGUAAUGGAGAACACAUGCCACCACCAAAGACUCCCAGUGUGGAGUCGGAAAGUGACGGGAAGCGGGAUGUGACAACUACCUCAGUGAGUCCGAUGGCCGACUCAGGGAUCCACCACUGUGAGCACUGCAACAUAUUCUUCUACGACUUCACAAUGUACCAUCUACAUCAGAGUCUGCACUCCCCUUACCAAGAGCAUCCCUUCUGCUGCCCGUCCUGCCAGAAGCGUUGCCAGGACCGGAUUGAGUUCAUGUUCCACAUCGUGUGGCACGUAAAGUACCCCAACACCAUCCCCAACUAUCAGCCCUUCAAGGAGAGUUACCUCACCUCGUGAGAAGCCCUCUGCAAAAUGGGUUGGUCGUGCAAGACGGGACAUAAAAGCAGGAAAGUCUUACUUUGAGCGUGCAAGGGAGCUAAAUCACAUAGCACGGCUAGUAACCUAUGACAGGCAUAAUUUUGUUUGCAGGAUGGAAAGGAAAAUAUGGUGCAUUUAUUAUACAAAAUUUUCUUCAAACUUUCAUAUUAGAUUUAUUCCUUCUGUCCGUUUUGUUAUGCUAGUCAUAGUAACAAAAACUUGCCAUGUCUAUAAUUACUUUGAAUUCUAUUCAUUGAAGAGUUCCUUGUUCAAGGGAGACAAUCAUGUAUUGGUUGAACUUGUAUUGAUAAGGAGUUGUGACCAAAAAUGCAAAACAUAGGUGUUUGGUUGCAAGAUUACAGUGAUAAAAUGCAGGGGCGGUGACCCUUUUGUACAUGUUUUGGUGUGCCAUUAGAAAUUUGUGUUGACUAUGGAGUGAGAUUUCAUGAAUUUUGUGGUUCCGGUGUCUUGUUUACAGAGAAGUAAGAAAUAUCUCGGAUGGUUGUCUUUAAAGUUAGUUGUGCUAGCAACUACCGGUGACAGAAUACAUGACACAGAGCUUUUGGGUUGAGAUUCGUAAAUGAUGGAAGUUUUCGCGUUCCCCUUUUUUCAUGUGUCUUGUCAGUUUUUUGUUUUAAGGACAAAUCCUUUUUGUUUUGUGCUUUGGUUUACAUUCUCUGCCUUUAUGCCAGGGACGUACAUUACUAAGAUAUUCCCAAUAUUUCCUUGACCCUGUCAUCAACAGUCAGUACCUCAGUGGUAACGAUUUUCCUGCAUUUGAAGCUACCUCAAGGAUGUUUAAGGAAGUUUGUUAUUUAAAAAAUUGAAUCAUGAAUGAAGUACGGGUACUCAUUACUCUACCAGAAGUUGAUAUGCUCAUUCUUUAGGGGAUCCAGGUUGAAGUGUUCUACCUCUGUACAAAGCUACAAAGCUUUUUAAUAAGUCAGCUGUUUUAGUUUGUUAACAAUAUAAACACAACAUAUUUUCUUUCGUUUAUUGCAUCUUGUUAUUCAACAAAUUGAAUAUUUUAUAUGAACUGAAGAAACUUUCAAAUUCCAAUUUUUUCACAAUUAUUCUGUAUUAUUUUGUUUCUGUUUACAAAAUAUGUUCUCAUAUGGUAUGGUUGUACAUUCAUUAUAAAAAAUGUAUACUAUCUGAAAUGUCACAGUUGACAAUUUCGCCUGUUCUACAGCCAUGUUUCAGAUUGUCAACUGAAUGCUAUGUCAUAAGCAAGAUUAAUCAUGUGGUAAAUUUGUAUGAAUAUGUUAAGAAUAAUCAUAAUCUUUUUAAGUUGGAACGGUAUGGAAGAAAAUGUUUUUACGGAUGGUUCAACAAUCUUAAUCUGUUUAAUAGAUUUACAUAUAUAUAUGUACAUUUACUUUAAAAGAGCUAUGUUGAUGAAUAUAGAGGUUUCAUUUUAUUAAAAAUUAUUAUAAAUUUUAAAACAUUGCUAAAUUGCAAAGUAUUUUAUAAAAUGAAUCCAAAUUUGGUGCUAAUAUAUCAACAGAUGAUCCAUCUGAAGAAACAAUUUUCUGAAUAUUGUCAUUCAGUCUGAACUAAAUGUUCUCAAUCGUUGAUAAUUCCUUACCGUUCCAUUAUUUCUCUAAGCUGAUGAUCCUACUCAUCAUCCUAUACAAAUUUCCCUUUCUUGACAGGGAUUGUUAGCCCAUACAGAUCAGGGACUUUUCCAUGCAUGCAUAACACACUCUCAGUGUAUGUAAUUCAGGCUACAUCUGUGUUUGUGUGGAUGAGGAACAGCUAUUCUGAAAACUACUUAUCAUAUCUAAGUAUAUUUCCUCAUGAUCUCUUGAAUUUCUGCUGAUUAAUAACACAUGUACUUGUCAUACAAGGCAAUCCCUGACAGCCGACUGUCAGGCAGGGAGCCAGGAUACAGGCAUGUGUCAUUAUAAAGGCAGGAAAUGGUAGUUACAGGAAUUUGACCCUGAAAUUAUAAAAGGCCAACUUGUUUUACUGAUUCUUCUACUGUUAAAUUUCAAAAAGAAAUUGCAGAAUAAAAUGAAAGUAUUUACUUCAAUUAACAGUCCAGUCAAAAAAAUACCACAUGUUUUAAGUAAACAGCAAGAGACUUAUUUUAUUUAUAAACCAUUCAAAAUUUCUUAAGUCAAGAAACAUCAAAUAUUUUCAUUCUGUGAAAGGAUGUAAUGAAAAGUAAACUAAAAUUAUGGAAUAUCUGUGUAAAAUAAGUUUCUUUUUAACAUCGAAUUGUGUAGAACAACCUGCCGUCAGUCUAACAUGUUGUCGAGGGUACUUGGCUCACCUGAUGUGAUCGAGUGAGCAUGUGCAGGCAUCUCUCGUCAUUACCCACAAAGCACUGCUCUUCUUCAUGCUGUGUAAGAACUUUUAUGAAAUGUGCUAAAAACUUCAUACAGGUUUAAUGAAUAAUGUUAUAAGAAGAUUUUUGAAUAUACAAAUAUUAUUUUCUUCAUAAAACAGUUACAUUGACUGCAUUUUGCCUGACAUCUAGAGUGAACUAAGGAUAUUCUAUCUUUUAUUACUUCCAAGGUCUGAUUGAAUUUGAAUUUUAAAUGAAACCUAUAAUUUUGUUUCCAUGUUUUGGAGAAUAUGUCACAAUUUGACUGAAAUCCACAUCACAUUUCAAAGUUGUCACCUAAUUUAUGAAUUGCUUCAGAUUUCUUCAUUUGGACCAUGAAGUUGCAUGUGAGCUGCAGUACUUUAAACAUGAUAAGUGUAUUGGAUUGUUACGAAAACUAUCAUACCUCAAAUUUAUAGGUAAUAUAUUAAUAUAACUUAUUUUUAAUGUCUUCAUUUUUUUCUUUUCUUAUUUGAGAAGUCCUCAGGAACAUGACAUUCAUUAUUGAGCUCAGGAUCAUGAACCGUUAUUCCUACAAAGGUGCAGGGCUGCCAGCAAUUCAGGGAGAAUCACAACAUAGCUUUAUGAGAGUAUUUUGUAUCAUAUUUUCAACAACAUUAAUUGAAAUGAUUUCAUAAUGACAUUAUGAUUGUCUACAAUAAUAGGAAAACUAGUGUGUUUAACUUAAAGAGUAUUAUGUGGUUUAGUCUUCAAAUGCUUUUUAAUCAAAAAUUUGCUGAAAACGAAAUACGUUUUUUAAUUUUGUGAAAUUUUCCGCUUUCUUUUAUUAUUGUUAGGAAGACAAGCUAAUCUUCUGACAUACUUACUCCAGAUCUAUUAGAGAGUAGAAACAUUAAUAUCAAGAUUUUUUUCAAAUGAGUAUGUAGACUUACUUUUAAAUUGAUGUUGAUGUUUAUUGUUAACUUUUAAAACUUUGAUGUCAUGAUGUUAUACACAUGUGUAGAAACAAUUCUUUAUUUAAAUUCUUUACUAUACACUAGAGUAAGUUUAUCUGUCAAUUGAUUUGAAGUUUGUUCUUAACUACCUCAAUUUCCACACCAAUUACCAUGAAAAGUGUUUGACUUCUUUUGAUGAAUUUCAUGAAAAGUAGCAAUGUCGCGUUUCAUGUUGGAUGUUGUAAGUGUGUCCUAUUAAUAAAAAAAAGCAUAGUAGACAAUUAGAUAUUUCAAUAUCUUGAGUUGGGACUAUCCCCGAGUGGGAAGUGGUAGCACUGUUUGAUCUCAGUGUAACCGUGUUCCUCCGUGUUCUAUCUUUCUGUGGAUGUAGAUUAAGGUGUAUGUACAUAUCCCAACCUUUCUCCAACACUUGGACGAAAGAAACUUGACCUACCUCAGUAAAUUUCAAAUGGAUUUCAGGUAUUUUCUUUCCUUUGAUUAUGUAUUGCAUCUUGUUCUAGAGCAUAUGUGCUUUUAGUAUUGAAGAAAAAUGCUGUGAAUACUUGCUAUUUGUUUGUAUUUCAGUAUAGCAUGUCUCCAUGGUAACUAUUUAUAGUAGAGUGCAUUCGUAGUAAGGAAAAUGAUAGCAAUUCUAACUAAUCAGUACCACUGUCUUUUGUUUUUGAAUUUAGAAACUAUUAUAAAAAAGCAAUCCAUCUGAAAAUAUGCCCAUUUCUGUUUAAUUUACUGCAACUUUCCUGCCCUAGUGUUAAGGAGAAACAGUUAUCACUAUAAACUGGAGUUACCAUGGAAACAUCUCUACUGAUUGACCAGCAUUUUAGUAUUUACAUCAUGCAUAGUGCUGUAAUAUAUGCCUUUUGCCUUACCUUUUGUUUGACCUUUCAACUUGAAUUUUGUGGAAACACCCAAAAAAAUAUUUGAACACAUGUGUCCAUCUCAAUGUGUAUACAUGAACUGUUUUGUGCUGUAGGGUUGAAACUUUGUAUUUUGUGCUAUCUUGCUCAAUGAUACCGUGAUGCAAAUAGCAUAAGAUUUUGGAGGAUUCUCCAAUUUUUAUUUACCAUUGUACUGUUUGACUAUUUCCUUCGUUGUACACAUUGUUACUGAAAUGUUAAGUUAGGUUCAUAGGCCGGUCAAAUCUACCUAAUUGCCAUAUUACAAUUGUAACUGAUUUCGUUAAACUGCUCAACAUGCAGUGGAUGUAGGUAUUAAAUCCAAGUUUCUAAUCAGCCUCACUGGAAUUAACAACAAUUUUCUUUAAUAUUUGCUUCUCUUUAACGUUUAACGCCUUAUGCAUAUGAGUCCUAAGGCCUAUAUUGCAUGUAUACCAAAGACUAGGCCUACAUUGUUCUGAUGAUGUUGUUAUGGCGACAGUGGGUAUGUAGGCCCUUGUCCUAGUAGAUAUAUUUUGUUAGCCAAGUCUGUUGUUUACGAUCCCAUUGUUCCAAUAGGGGUUAAAUACAGCAUGCUUCUAUGCUCUGCCAGGGACAGACUGUCCUCUGCUCACAUAGACUACACUUUAAUGCAAUUAUUUCCUCGAAAGUUUAUCAAAUAAAACUUACUGUCAAGUAAAUUGGAUUUCAAAAAUUUAGUUCUUGAACUGGAUAAUAAUUUUCUGGACUUCAAAACCAUUUGAUUUUCUUUUUUUGAAUUUUGAAAAGUAUAAUUUUUGCAUGAGUGUAGAUCUAUAAUCAAAUCAAAUGUAUCGCCCAUGGGGGCAUCUCUCAGGUUAACAAAAAUCAGGAUUGAUUUACACAUAUAACUAUAUAGAAAUACCUCUCUUGUACAUGGUACUGUGUGUUCCAUAUUAUAGAUGUUCAUGUAUUUUACCUUACCUGUAUUUACAAUGAUAUUUCAACUGUGUACAUUGAUCUAAUAGCAAGGCUAUGUGUGUAACCCUUUCUGCUUCCUAGAAGGCAAAGUUUAUGGAUAUUUAUGGCUUUUACUAGAUAUUACCUAUUUCUGUUCACUGUGAGACAAACACUGUUAGGAAAGGGACAAUGUCUGGUGUACAGAGACUUGAAGGAAGGGGAGGUUAUCCUUGUCUUACCAGGGGAGAUAACUAUGUUUGUAUCACAGAGGAGAGCUUGUGCAUUUACAUAUGUGAUACUUCAAGUAGCUCAGCGGUUCAAGUCUUGAAAAAUAUGCAUUUGUACAGCUAUUUGUAUUGUCUAGUUCGCUUCAUCACAUUUUCCAAAUUAUUAUCAUGUGUCAUAGUUGUAGGAACAUUGUUUGUGUUAUACAUCCCUAGGGCAUCAAUAGUGCUACAUGAUCAGGCUUGUUCUGGGGAACAAAGAGCACCAAUGUUCAGUUGGAUAUGAUACUGUUCAGCAGAAUCACCAUGUAUUCAUCACCCUUUAAACUCAAUUACUCACGAGUAAUGAAUUAGAUUUAAAAUCUAUUGAACUUCAUUCCCAGUCAAUUUGGAUUUCAUGUUUUUUCUUUCGAAAUCAAACUUUUUACCAAAGUAGCGCUUUCAACAGAAUGUCAAGAGUCUCAUGUCGUUUUUACGUGACAAUAGAGCAAUCAGCAAGCCUUCUUUAAAUGGAGACUGUUCACUAGAAUACGUCGUCACAGCAAGUUGAUUAUAUAUUUAGGCCUGAAGGAAUAUUUGCUCAGCCCAGGGUACCUGAAUCAAUAUACUUUCAUAAUGGUAUACGUGAAGUUAAUUUAUGUUUUUAAUUUUAUCCUGCAUACUUGAAGCAAUUUUUUUGACUGAAAUGGUGAUGGUACAGAAUGGGAAGUAGAUAAAGAACAACUGGACAUACAGGUGUGUUUGUUUAACAGAAGAAGUCUGUGUCUACGAUAACAAGAUCAUUCAUGACCAUUGUGUAUAUGUCAUCCAUAAUCACAUUGUAACCAGCCUCGGAGUCACUCAACUCUCAGUUUGUGUUCUCAGAACGCGUUAUGAGGAACAGUGGCUAUUCUCGCUGUCUAAUGAAUUCAGGGCGUGAUUGGAGCAUGGCCAAAUGUUUGUGAAUGAAAACCGGUGAAUGAGAGGUCAUUUAUAGGGCAGGCCCUCUUCAGUUAAUUUGUUACUGAACUAGAGUUAAAAAAACAUACUUUUGUUCAACUUGUUUACUUUGUGUUCAUUUUGACUGACCUGAUAAUCCCAGUUGAUGGCUUAGGAAACAAGCUCAUUCAAAGAAAUGGAAUGAUCCUUUCCGUUUCAAGGUGAUUUAGGUUGUAUUAUAGCACCUGUGGUUAUAUUUUUUUGUUAUUUGAUAAUUGGGGUACAACAAAGUUUUAAAAAAAGGCAAAUUAGCUAUUUGGGAACAUAGCUUGAUGUUGGUUCCAUUGAGUUUGUUUUGGUGUUUGUGAAACAGCAGAUUUGUUAAUCAAGAUAUUUUACUGUUUUUUUAAAUAUUACUUUAUGAUUACCCCAGGUAAUUUGAAGAAGUCUCGUGACCUGUUUAUUUUGUGGUUUUUUUGUUUGAUUGAUUUUGAGUGAGUGAGGGUGACUGGGUGAAUGUGUCUCUUCAGCUGAACCAGACUCAUUUUGUAAUGUGGCCAAUCGAUUUUUAGUUCUUGUUUUAUAGAUCAACCACUUGCAAAAGCCAAAUAUGACGGAAGCCCUGAUAAAAAACAAAACCAGUAGCCCGUUUAACAGGGAACCUAGUCCGCGAUUGUGAUUCAGUUUCAUUUGAGUGAUAAGAUGAUUUCAAGUCUGAAUUUUCCUUCUUGCAUAUUUAGACAGUGAUGACAGACAAAAGACCUUAUUACCAUCUCUUGAAGCCAAACUGGCUAUUAGAGGAGCCCUGCCUGCAGGUCUUGAAGAAAUAUUUAAAAACAGAAAUCUUUAAAGAUGUUAUCAGCACAUUAUCACAUGAUCUGUACAAAAUAAUGGGGGAAAAGAUCUAUUUAUUUGUGAAAGUUAAUCAUAUUCAUGUCAUCUUCAAAUUUGAAGAUGCUUUGGGUUUUUUAGUUAAUCGGUAUUAUUUUUGUCUAAGUUGAUAAAUUUCUUGCAAGGUUUUGAAGUUUCGGCUUUCAUCGGGCUGGUAGAGUUGAAGAAGAAUGAUUGGUGGAUGUUUUUUUAAUGUUCAAUACUCAGUUAUUGUUUAUUUUCAGACAUUAACAAUUUUUCAAUAUAUCAAAAUUGAAAAUUAUUAUGGGGCUGAUUUUUGUUAAGGGAUUAAUUUGACAAGCGUUACCAAUCUUAUCCAGGCUAGAUGACCAGAUAUGCCUGUCUCUAUUUAUUCUACCAUGUGUCAUAUUCCUCUUAGAGGUUCUAAAAAAACAGAAAUCCUUUUUAAGUCUAGUAUCACUAGGACUCUAAAUGUGGAGAGUUAAUGUUGAUCUCUGAAUAGCAAGAGGCAUUCAGAAAAAUAGUUACUCCAAAACUUAACUGUUUCAUAAGAGAUUCAGAACUAAAAUUGUACAUUUGUGAAUUUUCUGAAAACAAAUUAAGACUUGAAGCUAGUUAUGUUUGUAAGAGUCAUGAAUGAUAACAUGCUUGUGAGUGAUGUUAGCCAAGCCUGUCUGCUUUGUUAGAUAUCAGUUGUAGAUGUAGAUCGUGAAUUGUCAUGCUUUCUGUAUAGAGGCUUCUGUAGGCUGUCAUGCCUGUGCAAUCCAGUAGUGCUUUCUGUGUUCACAUAAUGUUUGUAUAGCUCAUUCAGCAUAUUGUCCCAUCAGUGAAGACAGCGGUCAUUGUUUCCGAGUUCUGCCUGGUUGGAUGACAAGACUACUAUAACCACAGGCUUUGAUUUGUACUGCUAUUGGCUUUUGAAUAGUGAAGUAUUUUCUAAAUGGUCAGUUGGACCCGGUGACUUAUGAAAAUAUCUUGGUGUCAUGGGUGUUUUUCAAGGGUGGAAUUUGAAUUUUAUGAAAACAUAACCAUUGACCGGUGAAAGACCACCACUAUUGGCGGGAGGAUUGGUGCCUGAAUAUGACCUGUGACCAGUGUCGGGAAGAAGGAGGGACAACAUGCUUUGUUUAAUCAGAACUCUUGACUUGAAUCCGUGUAUUGUAGUGGUAUACAUGCAUACUGGUACUAUAUAUAGUAUAUAUAGCUUGUACAGUAAUAACCUCACCCCUGAAUGUACCAGUGAAUUCUCCCAUUAUGUUAGGACUAUGCACUAAUGAGGAAGAGUCCAUUUGGAUUUGUGGGUGUUUGGGAGUUGAAACUGUCGUUGCCAUAUUUGAGUACAUGUAUAUGCUAGAUAUUGGUACAUUUACAAAUGUAGUUGUGUAAGUGUGUUUGUCUUACAGAUUCUCUUGCCUAUGAUAUCGCACAACAUUUGCUCAGUAUACUACGUUUCUUGUUGCGAUUCAAUGUAUUUUCAACUCUUUUGAAAAAUUGCAUUGUUUAAUUGUUCCUUGUUAAGCCUUUUCCAUGUUUAAAAUGUCAACAAUAUUUCUCUUUUAUUUCAAAUCCAUACAAGAACUGUUUUCCUCAAGCAAAUAGUCACAAUGAUUAAGUGCUACAAAAAGCCUACUGUAGUCUUUUUAGUAUUAGAAUGGUUAUUGAAAAUAUUGCAGUAUGAAUGUCUGGAAACCUUAUUUUUCUUCAUAAUAUAUGCCUUUCACUUUUGAUUACUUUUUGUGAGCGCUAUUGUUUGGUUACUUGUUCGGUUACUUUUUCAGACCUCUGACCUUGCUCACGUUCAUGCUCAGCAGGAACUUACCAUUCAAGAUUGCAUUUAAAGGAAUGCUUGAGGAAAUCUGGUUUUGAAUCAUGUUUUUCUAUGGAUUUCUCCAUGUAUGUGCGUGUUCAAUGUUGCAUCUCAGGAGUACCAUUUUGGCUACAUAAUACACUCAUAAACCAUAAAAUCAAAUAAAUCAAACUGUCGGUUUGAAAGCCUCCAUACCCGCCAACUUCCCUCCCUCCAUUCCUAGCUUCUCUUGACAAAAAGAUUUUUCCAUCAGAUUCAGUUGAAAAGCAACUCACAUUGUCAUGUCAUGUUCAAUGUUCAAUUCAAAACGGGUACUUGGCAUUAAGUCAUUUAUUUGAUUUUGUGGUCUUGAACUUUCUGACGAGCUGGAACCCAUACGGGUGCUGUUGGCCAUCUUCCGUAGCUUGUAUGACUAUAUUGGAGGGUUGUUUAUGUGAAUAAGUAUCAUGCACCAACUGGUCGUGUGGCGUUUCAGCUCGGAUGUUUUUACUUUCAAUUUCUUGUAUUGAUGGAUGCAUUAAGCCAGCAUCAGACUAGUUGUGACGAGUCAGGGGCAGAGCUGAAGGAGUUGACACUCAAUACAACUGUCAUUCAUCAAUGUAAACCAGCAUUCUCCCAUACCAACAAUUGUGCAUGCCAUGUCUUUCAAGACAAUAUCGCCAACUCAUCUCUCACCCUCUCCUCCCACUCAACAGUGUUAAUCAAAACCCUGCACCUCAUUUUUACUUUGACCCCAUCAUCUCUAGUUGCCAUCCAUCCAUCUACCCUGCCUACACCCAUUGCCUGAUGGCUGCCUCAUUCCAGCAGUGCCUCCAUGUUACCGAUUUACAUGUUCUCCAGCACUUCAUUCUGCCCUGCCCUGCCCUGCCCUGCCCUGCCCUGCCCUGCCCUGCCCUGCCCUGCCCUGCCGCGCCCUGCCCACCAGCACAGUCUCAGGUCCCCACCCCCAACCCUAUAAAGAUCCUGUGGAGGCAACACUUCAGCUGGAGCUGCAGGUCCAGUAUCAAAUCCUCGACCUACCCCUUCAUACCCUGUAAAGAUCCUGUGUAGGCAACCCUUCAGUUAAAGGUGCUUGUCCAGUAUCAAAUCCUCGACCUGCCCCUCAAUAAAAUAGAUCCUGUGUAGGCAAGGCUUCAGCUACAGCUCCUACUUCAGUGUCAUAUCCUGGUCUUGCCCACAUCACUCUGAUGCUGUGCAGUCAGCUUCCAUCCUUCCUUUUGUAGUAGUGUUCAUAUAGUGAAGUGAGUCCAUUCACUCGGGGGAGGUUCUGUUUGAUCCUAGUGCUGCCACCUGGUUGAAUUGAUGAGCACAUCUCCACACCAUACCAGUGUAAUGAUUUCAAGUUUAUUGCAUGUUUCUGGAAUCAGAUUAAGUGUCUUGCAAGAACUAUCAUGCAAAGAAUACAUGUUACACUGUCAUUGUUUUGCUCCAAAUAAUAUAAUUUAUACCAGUUAGUGACUUUUUAUUUUAAUGUUAAGUGCAACAUCAUUCACCCAACUAAGUGGCAGCAUAGAAUCAAGGGGAGAGAACCAGCCUGAUCUCUUGUUUAUUAUUUGACGUAUUAUGAAACGGGUGCCAUAGAUGUUAGGCAGCUUAUGCAGCAUUUCUGCCUCUCCUUAUGAUUUGUUGUUUCUUCUUAUUUACUAUAUUUGUGACUGCUUGAUUUGCUGUCUGUACGUCUCACCUUGUGAUGGGGACCAUGUUUGGCUUCUAUAGAAAUUUGGCCUCAUUGAAAGCUCUCCUAUGUCUUAACACUGCUGACUUUAAUUCUAUAUUUAUGAAACAAUUCAGGGAUGAUAUGAUUGACUUGAAGUCACCAGUGUUUGGUCAGUGUUUUUAUUUUGGUAUUUAUUGUUUUUGCAGAUAUUGACAGCAAAUCAAGCUUAUCUUGUACACCUUGUAGUUUUGUGUGCUUCACUAUUAUUUUGUCCUCAAAAACAUGAGGUUCUACAUAUGCUUUGCAAGGAACAUUAGGAUAAGAAAUAUUUGAAGUUAAGAAAUUAUAAUUGUAAGGCAUAAAAACUUGAUCUGGUAUUAAUUGUGUUUGCAGAAAUGAAUGUUUUAUGCUAUGUUGUUGAGCUCAAAAAGAAAAUUAGGAUUUAAUCAGAAAAUUUAAUCAGAACUUCGUGUUUUUGACAUAUUUAACAUUCUGCACCUAAAGGGCAUUCAACUUGUACCAAGCUUAUGGUGAAGGUUGUUAACUGUACUGCUGUUUCAUCCAGUGGAGGAAGUUAACUCACUCACACAUUGAUAUGCUUUAACAAUGUGCACCAUCAUGUAAUCACUGUAUGUGCUUUCAAUGUUGGAGCCCUUUAAGUACAAAUAAUGUUGAUUAGAGUGAUUGUAUAUAUUCUAAAUUCAAGGUAUGCAUCCUUAUGUGUGGAUACAUUAAGAAAGAUAAAACUGUUGUCUGUAUUCAGCUGACGUGUAGUAAUUCUUUCGGAGUCUACCUCAUGUUACUACUUCAGGGUGUGCACGGGCAGUUGUUUCAGGUUUCAACAGGGAAAAGAUAGGGACUUGUUGACAACCUUGUCACAUCCCUCAUUUGAUGAAUUUUAUUAUUGAAUGUCACUCUUAGUUUUAUAUAGGUUUUAGUUUGUAUUACUCUUAGGGAUCAGCUAACACUGUAGUUUUUAAUAUUGUUAUUACUAUGAUAAAUGUGCAUUUUGCUGCCUCACUCGGUAUUUACAUUUAUUGUUACUUGUAAUAGUUAACAACAUAAAGUUACUCUUAACCAUC